AUGUCCUCGGCCGCUCUGCAGCCUGCCCGUCAAACACCAGCUUUGGCAUCACCGCCUUUACUCGCAGCGUCACCGAGCAGCCGCCAGUACACGUCGACAAACUCCUCUCCAACCCGCGAGGCGUACGAUGCCAACUUGCAAAACGACAUUACCUCUCCUGCACCGUUACAACACCCCACGAGCCGACCAAGCGGAGCCGGCGCGUCUGUGAAGAGUCCUGAUCCAGAUUCGUCCAUGACGUCCCGAGCUGCCCCGGCCAAUCCCGUCGCCAUCGCGCCUUCAUCCCCAGACUACCAGUCUUCAUCCUCCGAACAACGCAAAAACAUGCCUCCAAUUGCCCCCCCUCGGACGUCUUCGACGAACUACUCGGGUGGAACGACCACCACGGCCACCACAAAAAGACGUGAUCACGCUGCCGAAAAGGCGGCUUCUUCACCGCGACGCGGUCAAGCAGAUGGCACAAAUGGCAAUGCCGACUACACCUACUCCGACGACGGCUCCACGUCACGCAGCAGGAGGUCACAUCAGCAAAUGGCCCCCGAUUCGCCCCGUCGAUCUACUGGUAACCGACCCGGAAGCCAGCCAACAGUGAUUCCCGUCCGAUCACACGCACCGCCCCAGACAACCGUGUCUCCCAAACAGCCCUCGCGCGAAGCGAGCGAGGUUUUGAACAGAAUGGUUGUCUCUCAGCCCGAGGUAGACGUCGCUCGCGAGAAGGAGCGACUUGCAGAGGCGCAACCCACUCGCGUUGGGUCCUCUCACGAUGACGCCGCACCGCCCCCCGUCGUUGGCAUGUCUGAGCACGACGAUGGCAGACGAGGAGGCAGAAGCCGACACGACCAUUCCGGGAAGCGCGAGAAGGUGGUUCGAUUCGGCGACUACAUCCUAGGCAACACGAUCGGCGAGGGCGAGUUUGGAAAAGUGAAGCUUGGCUGGAAAAACGAUGGCGGCGUGCAGGUUGCCAUCAAGCUGAUCAAGCGGGACAGUGUAGGCAACAAUCCCUCUAGGCUGGCCAAGAUUUACCGCGAGAUUGCCAUUCUCAGAGGCAUUUCUCACCCUAACAUUGUUCGCCUGCAUGAGAUGGUCGAGACCGAAAGGCAUAUCGGAAUUAUUCUCGAGUAUGCUUCUGGAGGCGAAUUGUUCGACUACAUCCUGAACCACCGGUAUCUCAAGGACAAUGCAGCCCGAAGGCUCUUUGCCCAGCUUGUCUCUGGCGUGGGCUAUCUGCACAAAAAAGGCAUUGUCCACAGGGACCUGAAGUUGGAAAACCUGCUUCUGGACCGGAAUCGCAACAUCAUCAUCACCGACUUUGGCUUUGCUAACACGUUUGACGCCGAGGAAGAACUUUCCGAAGAGGAGGAGCUGAAUCUUGGCGACCGCGAGUUCGUUAAGAAGUUGGGCCUGGAUAGAGUCAAGACCAACGGUACAAGAAAAGGCGAUCUGAUGCAGACCAGCUGUGGCAGUCCUUGCUAUGCUGCCCCGGAACUUGUCGUCAGCGAUUCUCUGUACACUGGCCGCAAGGUCGAUGUAUGGAGUUGCGGUGUAAUCUUGUACGCCAUGCUGGCCGGCUACCUCCCCUUUGAUGAUGACCCCGCGAACCCUGAGGGCGACAACAUCAAUCUUCUGUACAAGUACAUCGUCAACACACCCCUUACCUUUCCCGAAUACGUUACGCCCCACGCGCGUGAUCUUCUCCGGAGAAUACUAGUCCCCAACCCCAGAAAACGAGCGGAUCUCUUCGAGGUGGCGCGGCAUAGCUGGCUGAGCGAGUACGCUCAUGUCGUGGAGUUCAUUACUAGUAGCACCACGACGCCGAAUGAGAUCCAGAACACGACUGUGCCGUCAGAGGACGACUUUGCGGAAGCACCCGGCAUUGGACGUAGCGCAUCAGUUCGCGAGGCGUCCAAGACCAAAGCCAACACCCCCACAUCGGUUGGGGGGCUUGCGAGCAAGCAUGCCAAGAUCGAUGCCGACGCUGAGGCGGCCGCUAUUGCAAAGCAGCACAAGGACAACAAGCGUCGCACCGUACAGGUCGAGUACGUGGCGCCCACGACACAAACUCAAAGGGGAGAGCCAGCAUCGACAGGUGGCAAGUCUCGACCGCGCUCGAACAGCCAAGGCCCGGUGGAGGUCGUGGAAGGUCAGCCGUUUCAAGAGAAGCCGCUCCCCAGAGACCCUCCUGUCUCGAGAGACUCAUACAGAGCCAGCCGGCAGGCCGGCCCACCACCAAGUGCCCAUCGCAACACUGCGGCGGCACCUUCAAGGCCGGCGCGUGACACUCGUGCGACAUCUGACAACGCGUUCGUCUCCUCGACCUCGAGCGCACCGGCGACCGGAAGACCUCAGACGGGAGGCUCAAUGGCAUCAGGGUCGAUGGGACUGGGAGCUGGAAGCCGUGCAUCAUACAGUCAACCCAUACCCCCAGCCGUCGCGGGUACAAAUGCCCAUGGAAGAAUCCAACAGCCCAGCUCCCAGGAGCCUCAGGCCAUGGGACGUCCCAGCGUCAGCGUGCCCGCCAAGUUUGCCAAGGUUGCUGGGUUUCCUCCAGAGCAGGAACUCGCCCAGACUCAAAGCCAGAGCCAGACGCCACCUCAGUCAAGCGACGGCAGGGGCCAUGGACACAAGCGUUCCAGCACCAUUAGCUCUCUGCUGGGUCGCAACGGGUCCAUAUUUGGGGGUAAGAACCGCAGCAAACGACCCGAGUCUCAGAUCAUGGACAAGAGCCGAAAGUAUCCUCCGGUUAGCAUGCCCAACAACAUGCCGGUUGAAGGCCAGUCUCGUCCUUCGAUAGACUCUAGGGCCUCGAGACAAUCUUUCUCCAGGGCCUUCGGAAAGAAGCGAAGCGGCAGCAUUGCCGGCUCCCAGACUUCCCACGAGAAGCAGAACAGACGGUUUUCGUUGAUCCCGCAAUCCUUCUCGCUGAAGGCUAUUGGCAUCGGCAGAGAUUACGAUCGCCCGCCUUCGGAGCCUCAGUCUCAGCCCGAUCUGCCCAUUCAAGAGCCUCCCGAGGUCGAUGAGCACGGCCGAUACGUGGAUCAGCGAGGACAGUCUCGUGGUUACGAUGGCGGUUACGACCAGGGAUAUCAACAGCCGCCCGGUUCCAACUCGGCACCACAGCUACAGGGCCAGGAUUGGCAAAACCAGCAACAGGGCUAUCAGCAGCAGCAGCACAUGGGCCCAAUCGGCCAACCAAGCGCUGUGCCGGGCUACAUGCAACAAGGUGCUGUUCUCAACACUGGUUCGGAGGAGUCGUUCGAGAACGCACAGCCACAGCAGCAUCAUCAUCAGCAGCAGCAGCAGCAGCAGCGGAGGCAGUCAAGCGCACCGUAUCAAGGCGGUGGAUCUUCCGAGCCCGGAGGCUACGAUGGACAACAGCAAUUCAACUCUCCCCGUGCAAAUGGUCGCUCUGGCCUGUUACAGAAGAACACUAAGAAGUUCACGGACGCAGAGUACACUGGCCACCAAGGCAGCAGCGGAGCCGCCAAGAGAGUCAUGGACUUCUUCCGCAGGCGUGGCAAGGCGAGAGGCGGCGACGAGAGAUAG